AUGCAAGGGGUUCGUUCUAGGGGCGGACAAGGAUUCUCCGAGAUCAAUUCAAACGUUUUUAGCGGCUUCACGGAUCGGGUCUCCGACUUUGGCCAAGGGCGGGUGGCGCUGGGCGCGGGUGCAGGUCGGUCGAGGACCAUGAGCCAGCAAAUGAAUCGCGCGACAAAGACUGGGCUUGCCUUUGUCGAGAACCCGGGCUCGAAUAUCGAAUAG